CCAGUUUCACAAGCUGGAGCCGACCCAACGGCAGGCUGGGGACCAAAAUCUAUGGUUAAGGCUGGCAAAAAUUUUCCAACAGCUAACGCUCGAGCUAACAGAAAUAAUGUCGAUUCAGAAGCCACAGCGCAUCGUCAUGGUCUUCCUGGCAAGCAUAAGUAUAGGGAAUGGGGUGAACGACAUGGAGAGUUAAAGCCUGAAAAGACCACAUCACAUAAGGAUGCAUUAACAAAAUUUUUGUCUAACGAUGAGCCAUCACGACGGACAGUUUUUGAGUGCGAUUUUGAAGAUCGAAUUUUACAAACAGAACCUGAAACGUUACCGGAGCGUAUCGCAAGGACAGAAGAAGUUGAAGGAUCAUUACCAUAUGUGCCUACAGUUCAAUCGGUAACAAUUGCAGAAACUAGCUCAGGUCCUGAAGUUUUAACGAUUCUAACUUAUGCUCCACAAGUUCAGUUCGUCACUGCAACAGUUAAAAAGGCUAAACGAUUACCUUUUAAUAACAAACCUUUUGCCCGUAUAAUGUUGUUCGAAGGUCGUCGAUUGUUAGAACAAAAGCAGACAACAGUAACACCGAUAACUUCUUGUAAUGGAUGUAUUAAAAUGCGGUCAAGAUCAAAACCAAAUGCACUUGGUUCACCACCAUCACCAAGUUUUGCAUCAUCAUUGAAGCCAAAUGAUGCUGUUUUCUCUGAAUCAUUUUUGUUCCGUAUGACACCAGAAAUGUUGGAUCGUUGUCAUAUUGUUAUACAGAUGUAUGAUACAGAUCCAUCGGAUAGUACCAAUACAGCAUUCCCAGUUGGGCACUGUGUUGUUGGUCCGCUAAGUCCAGGUACAGGUUGUGCACAUUGGCUUCAGAUGAUCAGAAAAAGUGGCCUUCCAGUUUGCAUGUGGCAUCGUAUGGUUGAAUCAUAG